AUGAGUGGUGGACGACGCUCACAUCUGCUCAAAUCCAAACUGCGUAUCAUGCCCAGGCAAGGAAGUGGACUGCAUGGUCCACUGCCACUACCGUUCGUCGGGAAUCUUCACCAACUUGGCUACACAAUGUUCGUUGGGAAAAAGAGUUUUAUUGAGGCAAUGAGCAAAGUGACAAAGGACUAUGGUAAUGUUCAUACAUUUUGGUUUGGCCCAAUAGCAACCGUGAAUAUUUGUGAUUAUGCGACUGCUGUGGAUGCGAUGGUAAAAAAAGGAUCGAUGUUCUCUAAUAGAAAUAUUCCGUAUCUAUUUCGGCUCACAAGAGGUGAUCGUGGGAUUAUUGCUUCAAAUGGUCCGCUAUGGUUGGAACAACGUCGUUUCGCCUUACAUACUCUCCGUAAUUUUGGUUUGGGCAGAAAUAUUAUCGAAGAGAGGAUUAUGUACGAAUUUGAGAUUGCUUGUGAAGAGUUGGAGAAACGAUUGAAUGCGGGUGAAUCCUCUAUUGAUCCACAUAAUAUGUUCAACCUACUUGUGGGCAAUAUCAUAAAUCGGAUGCUUUUCACAGAUCGUUUCGAGAAGAAAGAUGAAGAGGAUUUUUUUGCGCUGAAGAAAAGAUUGGACAAGAUGACGGAAGACUUUAGCGUAUUUGACAUGCUGAUCAAUGAAUGGAGUGUUAACUUACCAUUGGUGAAGCAAAGAAUGAAAUAUCUUCUGAGUCCAUUCGAUGAAAUAUUGGAUUUUAUGCGAGGACAAUUAAAGCAAAGGAAACAGGAUAUCGCUAGUGGAGCUCACGUGAUCGAAGGAGAAGGUGCUGAUUUUGUGGACGCAUUUCUUAUUGAAAUUGAGAAACAUGAAAACAGUAACGUUCCCUCAAGUUUCGAUGAAGACUGGCUUCUUAUGUCCUUGUUGGAUCUAUGGUCUGCCGGACAGGAAACCACAAUGGUCACAUUGGAUUGGGCGUUCUCCUAUUUACUUUUGCAUCCGCAGUUCAAAUCUCGACUCGAAGAGGAGUUACUGUCGGUGACGAAAGGCCAGCGACCUCUAUCCAUAACAGAUCGCCCUAACACACCUUAUUUCAAUGCUGUGUUAAACGAGGUCCAUCGUUGUGCAUUGAUAAUCCCACUGAAUAUAUGGAGAGAUACAGCUGAGGACACCGUUGUUGGAUCGUACGUGAUUCCCAAAGGAACACCAAUAACUGCUCAAAUUUCAUCCAUAAUGACCGAUGAGGAUUAUUUCAAAGACAAGUACAAAUUUAAUCCGGAUCGUUAUUUCAAUGGAAGUCGAAUCGAGCAGAUGGUGGUGCCAUUUGGACUUGGGAAAAGAGCUUGUCCUGGAGAAUCACUGGCACAAGCUGAACUAUAUCUAAUUAUUGGCAACUUCCUCCUUCGUUAUGAGGUAACACCAGAUCCGGAACAUCCACCCAGUAUGCGAGCAAAGAAAGAACUCGGCACGGUUCGUAUUGCGCAGCCAUUCCAUAUCAAUUUCAAAAGGAGAUGA